UUGACUACAUUUCCCAUGAGCCUCUCCGUGACGUUUCCGUGUUUCAAUAAAAGACGUCCGGUGGGACACAGAGGCUGCUUUGGUUGUGACAGAGGACGAAGUGAAGAAACAAGCUCUGUGUUGCAGGACUCAGGCAGUUCUUUCGAUAUUUUUGCAAUUGUUUCCAACAUGACUGUGGACUGGGUUGGUUAUGGAUACGCAGCCCUAAUCGCUUCUGGAGGAGCCGUUGGUUAUGCCAAAGCACGCAGUGUUCCCUCCCUUGCUGCUGGUCUUCUCUUUGGUGGUCUCGCAGGUUUCGGUGCCUACCAAAUCUCCAAUGAUCCCAAUAAUAUUUGGGUGUCUCUUGGUACUUCAGGAACUCUGUCUGCAAUCAUGGGAAAGAGAUUCUAUGGAUCGAGGAAGUUUAUGCCAGCUGGCCUGAUGGCUGCAGCAAGUCUCUUGAUGGUGGGAAAGCUGAGCCUGGCCCUGCUUCAGAAACCCCAGGAGUCCUGAUGGAGCAAGGAGAGUGACCUGUUCUUCCUCUGUCAGUGGGGCAGCAUGUCUGUGUUUGUCAUUUACUGUUGAUCAUUAGUUUUAUUUUGUAGAAAAAUAAAUACAACAGUGUAUAUUUAAAGAUAAAAGAUUAUAUCAUGCUUGUAUAAU